UUUAUCCUUUCUGUCAAUGUUUAGGAUCUUGUCUUUUUCUCAUUAUGUCAAUGUUUUUCAUUUCCGGGUUUGAUGUCAAUAAAGAGAAUAACAUCAAUGGCUUAAAAACUAUUUAACAAAUAUAAAGGUCAAUUAAGAAUAAAUGUAAAGUUUGUGUCCUUCAAUGCAAUUUAUCCGCUUCAAAAAUCUCUCCGUCGUGAACAAAACCAAAACCUCAAAAAAUCUCCGCCGUAGAUGAUUUCCCGGCGAUAUCUUCCGUCGUACAAGCUUCGUUUCUCGGCUGCUCGGAGUUUUCGAUCAGACGCGGCGCUCGAAGCCAUAUCCAACGCCCUUGAAGAGAAAGUCCCAAACUUGGUGCUAUACAAUUACCCUUCCUUCUCCGGCGCUUUCUCAGCUCUCUUCGCUCAUCUCUACCACUCUCGCCUCCGCACUCCCUCUCUCAUCUUACCCUUCUCUUCCGUCGUACCCUUUAGUGUCAAAGAUCUCUCCUUGGAAGGGUUCGAGAGGUGUUACCUCCUCGAUUUCGUUCCUCCUAAAGACUACGCCGCUACAACAGAUUGCGAGAUUAUUUGUUUUGAUCAUCGAAAGUCAGCAGCUUCAAAGCUCGGCUCGGUGAAGAAGAGGUUUAAGGUUAAUGUUGAUGUUGACAAGAGUAGCUCAAAGGCUGUGUAUGAAUACUUCUCGAGUAAACUCGCAUCUUCCGAGGGGGAAUCUAUCAGUUUGCUAGAUGAUGAAGAUAGAACUCGAGUUGAAUCAGUUCUUGAUUACAUUGAAGAUAUUGAUCUUAGACGAUGGAGAUUACCGGAUAUCAAGGCUUUCAGCUUCGGACUAAAGGAGUGGCGUUCAAAGGUUAACUGCAUCACGAAUCCGCACAUGUACGAACAGCUGUUGAGGAUAAGUUCAGAGGACCUCAUUGCUAAUGGGAGCUCGUAUUUUUCUUCCCGGCUUAUCGAUGCAAAGAGAGUGCUGAAGCAGAACAAAGCUUUCAAGAUCAGAUUGGGAAGAGGGUUUUAUGGAGAAUGCCUGGGAAUGCGUGCAGAUGGUAAUCAUGAACUAAGCGAUGAGCUAGGAAAGCUACUUAGUCUACAAAGUGCUGCAGCUGGUUUGAGGCCAAUAGGAGCUGUCACAUUCAUGCAACGGAACAAUCUCAAAAUGUGCUUGCGAAGCACUGAUGAUACAACCGAUACAUCUGAAGUUGCUAAGGCCUAUGGUGGAGGUGGCACUUGUUGUUCAAGCUCGUUCAUCAUAAGAAUGGAUGAAUAUAAUGAAUGGACUGCCAAAAAUCCAACAUGAGGAAAGAACACACACUCGUCGUCAGCGAGACCAAUCUCAAAGCUCGUGUCUCUGACCUUUUCGCGCUAAAGGGCUGAUCAAGUUAUAAAUGGCUGAAGAAGGAGAGAAGACUUGAGUAGCUUUUUUUUUUCCAUGAACCGGUUUUGUUCGGUUAAGUGUAGCCUAAACCGGACUUACAUUUCGGUUCAGUUUUUGGUUAUGAUUACAUACUUUUUAAUUUUUAUUUCGACUACUCGAUGCGUCAAAACGAUGUCGUUUCCUAAAGCUUCGUGUACAUUUUUGUAACCGA